AUGUCGGAGACGGAUCGAGUUCCCGACAACCGAAUCUUGGAGUACAUCCAGGAUUUGACCUCGGCGAAGAAGGGUCUUCCUUACGGCCAACCCGUGGCCGUGCUCGUCUCCCAAACCAUCACAGACUCCGCAACCCUCGUGAAGUUAACGGCAGAGGUUGGCCCUCACAUUGCGGUGCUUCAGGUCCAAGCAGACAUCAUCGACGACUGGUCCGACGACACCAUUGAACAGUUAACGUAUUACGCCAAAAAACAUGGGUUCAUUUUGUGGGAAGGGAGCCGAGUCUUGAAUUGUACCGUCAAUUUCAUGGGCCGAGGGAGCGCCGACUUCCAAACACGAAAGGCCUUGGCCGACCUGGUCAGGCGGAAAUACACGCAUGGAACUGCUAAAGUAGCGCGGUGGGCAAAUCUAGCCACCUCGUGGGCACCUGGCGUGCCAUUGCAUGAACAGGAGAAGGACCUUUUGAUUCCAACGCUUCGCAAAGCCGCCCGGGACGCUGUCGCAACGACCGUGAAAACUAUUGAAACCGAAAUUUCCGCUACCAGUUGCGAGGAACAUGACGAGGAAAUAGAUACGCCAAUGUUCCCGCCGAGCACGAAUGGUUGGCUCGAAUUCAGUUCGGAGACUUUUGGAAGUGCGCUACGAAAAUCAUCAACCAUCUCCGUCACCGAGUCGGUGACCCUACAACCCCAUGUUGAGCCGGACGAGGGUGUCCCAGCCGCACCGUUGCUAUCGCGAGGCCUGACUCUCUGCUUGCCAAGCGCCAUCGAUUCCGCAUUUACAUCUGAAUUCCGACAGAGCACAAUAAUGGCGGCAUGUGCAAAUCAUGAUUUCGUAAUUGGCCUUCUCACCAGCGAGCCAUUUUUCACAAGCUAUACUGGAGACUACCUGUUCGAUCUGGCUUUCCAAGACAGCCACGAAACACCGCAACUAGGCCGCGACAUCCUCGAGGCUAUACCAUAUCUAGAGAAUAAGCAAUCAUUUGCAUUGUUCUCUCUUGUCCCGGCGGAGCUGAUCCAUAACUAUGAAUCAGAUCCCAUUCGCAGCAUGAAUGGGGACUCGCCAGAAGGGGACCUGCCGGAGAGUGUUGUUAAAUUGCAUUACAUGGUCGACCAAGCCUUGAAGAUGCGAGAAACCAACCGCAAGGAGCAUCUCGGAGGUCACCAAGAAGAUUCGUCGAUACCAGUUGGCCCCAGCGUCUUCCAUGUCCCUGUCGUCAUCCUCCCCUGA